UUAUUCUUCUUCAAAAUGGACAAUUUAAAGCUGCAGAGAGAAGUGAUAGCUUUGAAAAGAUUUGCAAAUCACUUGGAGAACACUCUAAAACUCGUCAGCAUUGAGCUCUCCGAUUUGCCGGACGAUGUUUUGAUGUUGCUCGACAAAUGUGUGGAAAUUCAGGCAAGCGAAAAUCUGAAUGAGCUGAACUUAAACUAUUUACGCGAAAUUUACUACUGCAACAAAAGCGAAUAUAUAGAGAACAAGCUUACUGUUGCGAAGCACGCGGCAACGAUAAAAAAUCUUAAAAAGUCUAUAAAAGAAUCGGGAAUGGAUAUUGCCGAUUUGGAAAGAUUUAUGAGCAUAGUCGAUAAGCGAAUAAUUCCGGAUGCCGAACAGAAGCUCAAUAUCGUUGAAAUAGACGAAAAAUCCAAAUAUUUUCAGUUCAGACAAACCGAGUUCAACGUGCCAGAUAACUUUAGCAUUGAGUCAGUAAUAGAAAAGGUCGAAUUGUUGGAGGACAAGUAAAGCGAGCACAAUUUUUUGUAUAAAAAUUAUUUUUAAUGUAUUUUUUUUAUUUAA